AUGGGAAGUAUUAAAGAAAUAAAAUCUCUCGAAGAUAAUAAUGAAACUGCAAUAGAUAUUCUUUUGGAAAAUCAACCAAGACCACAUAAUGGGAAACAAAUUGAUCGAAUGGUGGUUUCUCCAGAUAUGAGUUAUGUUGUUACUUAUAGUGAAUCUGAUAAUUCAAUUAAUGGAUGGUUAGUUGACAUUGAAAAGGAUAAACAACAACACGAUAAGAAUUUCGUCCUUUAUGAACCCUAUAAAAUUUCUUCAUUCGUAUUAUAUAAAAAAAUUUUGAUAUUCUAUUAUUAUAAAGCAAAUGAACAUUGUUAUCGCAUUGUUGACUUUAACGGUGGUAAAGGUCAAUUUCUUCAACUAAAGCAUGCUGAAAUGCAAUCAAUUGAGAAAAAUGGGCAUAAAGAAAUUGGUAUCAUUAAAGAAAAGUUAUUGGGAUUUCUUCCUAAUGGAGAUUUAGUCCUAGUAUCGUUAUCGGAUUACAAAAUCUACCUGUAUUCUUUUAAAAGUAAACCAAAAACGGAUAAAACACCUUGGGAAUAUUCUAUAGUAUACGACAUAGACAUUCCGGGAAGGAGUGACGAAUACGUAGAUUGUUUAAUAUAUCAAACAGCAAACAUCACAAAAUUAUUUGUUUCAACGACGACUAAAUAUUAUGAAUAUGAUACCGUGACAACGAUAACUCAAUUGGAUUUAUCAACAAUGAGUUUUGAGAUGCAAUACCAUUUAUCUGAUAGUUAUAAAACGUUCGAUCUUGAUCGGAGUUUAUCUAAUAUUGUCAUGAAUCAAAAUCAAACAUUGUUGGCAUUAAACAUUAAGGAAGUAAUUUACAUCUUUUCAAUAGAAACCGGAAUUCAGAUUUCAAGAUAUUCGGAUGAUUAUGAACCAGUAGAAUUUGUAACUUUAAAGGAUGGUUCUGAAGGAUUAAUUAUUUAUAAAAAACUUUCGGACGAAACAUCAUGUAAGUUCGUAGAUCCUUUCCUUCCUUCUGACACAAUGAUUGAUAUUACCAAUAUCAUCGACGAUCCUAGGAACGUUAUCAUAAAUAAGUCAAACAGAAAAUUUUCCAUUGUCGAAAAUAAUGUUUGCGUUUCAGAUGGGUUGAAUGAAGACACGUUUGAACAAUUGUUAAAGAAUACCUAUCAUAAUAAUAUUUACACAUUAGCUAUCUUCAAAACCAUACAAAAUAUGCUUAAGGGUAUCCUUAACGGCAUCAACAAAAUAGAUAAGGUCGGAUUGGUACUCGGAGAAAAUUUUCGGUUUAAGCUUAAAAAUAAUGAUAAAGGUUCUUUUGUGAUUAAAGGAUUCAAUAAAUCACAUGAUCAUAAAUGGAAAGAAACACGUAACUGUGAUUCUCAUCGUUCUAUCGAUAUACUUUCAUAUCAACAAUUAAAUAAUCAGGAUUUAGCCUUAAUUACUAAACGAGGAAUCUUUAUCUAUACAAUAGACGGAGAUUUAUUAACUCUUCGAUACUUUUGGAAUAAUGAGAAUUGGAAUGAUAAUUGGAUAAAACACAAACGAACCGGGUCUAAAGUCGAUAUUAACGACCUUAUUCAAAAAGUUUUAAAUAAAGAAUUUUCUGAUUCUUUUUCUUCGUUACCAUCACCGAACUUUAUGGUUAUAUUUGAAAAUUGUGAUGUCAAUAAUCUGGAUGAUCCUUACGAAAUAGUAUUAUUUGUAAAAAGUUUGGAUAAUCCAAUUAAUCUUUACAAGAUUUUACUUUUGAAUAUUAUAAAUAAUCCAUCAGAAUUUUCAAAAUUUGGAUCAGAAAUAUUGGAUAUAGCAAUUGAAAAGAGGAAUGAUUAUAUCGUCCAAUCAAUUUUCAACAAGAUUAUCAGUUUGAUCGAUCAAGAAAAUGAAAAUAAUUCAACAAAUUACAUGAUGUUAUUACCUUAUAUCAUUAGUCUUAAACUACAUAAAUUAUGUGAUCAUGAUUUUUAUCGUUAUUCUAAUUUAGUUAUCAAAUAUAUCUUAUAUACUUCCAUUAUAUUGGAUCCCGGUUGUUUGUCAAUUAAAAAUUUGGAAAAUACACCAUUUCAUUCUUACUCCAAGAAUGUCAUCGUGGAGAUUGAAUUAUUUUAUAUGUUACCUCACCAAAAACGUAAAAAAGAAUGGUUUCCGGAUUGGAUGUAA